AUGGCUAUUCCCCAAAGGCAGACCCCGCCAAUUUCCGAAUUGCGCGAAUUCUACGUCGGCAAAAGCAUCCAUGAUGUCCCCAAACCCGCAGUAGUCCUGGACAAAGCUAGGAUAGCGCGUCAUUGCCAAUCGAUGCUCACAGCUGCUGAUAAACUUGGUGUUGGAUUCCGUGCGCAUGUGAAAACCCACAAGACAAUCGAAGCUACUCGUCUUCAAAUCGGAGAGGGAAAAGGCGACGUCAAGCUCAUCGUUUCUACCCUUGCUGAAAUUGAACACCUCUUACCUCUUCUCAAAGAGUACCGAGAUAGCGGCCGUCGUCUCGAUAUUCUUUAUGGCCUUCCCCUCCCACGCUCUCAGAUCUCACGAUUGGCUGGUCUCGGGUCUGAGCUUGGUGAAGGAAGUAUUUCCGUUCUAAUCGAUCAUCCAUCGCAACUGGAUUCUGUCAAAGCCUUUUCAGACCACGCAAAGUUUCCUGCAAGAGUGUUCUUAAAGGUGGACACCGGCUAUCAUCGUGCAGGCCUACCUCCAUCCUCUCUGAACAAGAAUGGACUCAUUGAAGCUCUUGCGCAGCUCGAAGCGCAAGGUGAUGCUGAACUACUAGGGUUGUAUUCACACAGCAGUCUUAGUUACAAGGACAACACGGCUGAACAAGCCAUGGAGAACCUCGAGGGCGAAAUUCAAGGUUGCAUUGAAGCGGUCAACGCCCAGGCUCAUCUGUUCGCCAAAAGCAAAGAGCUUAUUAUUAGUGUCGGAGCCUCCCCUCAGGUCACUGCUGUUGAGAAUCUGACUAACUCACAUGGAGAACUAUCACCAGCUGCAUUGUCCCUUCGUCAGGCGAUAGACACUGUGUCUUCUGGGAAGCCCGGAGGCUUCAACACCAGCCUCGAGCUUCAUGCCGGUGUAUACUCCAUUCUCGACAUACAGCAAACUUCCACCAACUCACGAAAGGAUUUCGGUUCCUACGGAGAAGAAAUAGCUAUUUCGGUCAUUGCUGAAGUAUGCAGCGUGUACAACAACGACGAAAGAUCACAGCCCGAAGCCCUCGUCGCGGUCGGUGCACUAGGUCUCGGGCGCGAACCUUGUGCUGCUUACUCAGGCUGGGGUGUCGUCAGCCAGUCUUCAUACAAAAGCCAGUCUGGACAAGGAAAAAGGCUGAUAAUUGAUAGAAUCAGCCAAGAGCACUCCAUAGCGGCUUGGGAGAAUGAUGGGAAAAAGGAAGGUGAUGCCUUGGCACCUGUUCCGUUGGAAGUCGGACAGAAUGUGGUCAUUUUCCCCAAUCAUGCUUGUGUUACUGGGGCUAUGUAUGGGUGGUAUCUGGUGGUUGACUCGUCUGAGGGAGAUGCGGCAAGAAUUGUGGAUGUUUGGGUCAGGGCAAGCGGGUGGUAG